AUGUCGUCCUAUGUGAAGGAUCUGAAAAUUUCUACAACAGAUAACCCGUCUUCACGCAACUCAAUUGAAGGCGCCCAAGCCGUCGAAAUCCGCAAGGCUGACGAGACAACCAAGUUUGUGGAGGAGCACGGUGAUGGAGUCGAACCGCCGACACCGCAGGAGCUCAAGAAGCUGAACAUGAAGAUAUACCUGCGUUUGAUUCUGCUGCUGAUUGCGAUUGAUUUGAUGCUCUUCAUUGACAAAGCGACGUUGGGCCAAGCUGCCAUCCUGGGCAUCAUGGACGAUGCUCACCUCACGGAUGCUAUAUAUAAUAACCUGAACACGAUCUUCUACACAGGGUACAUUGUCGGACAAAUACCCGGGCAGCUGCUAAUCCAGCGACUCCCACUAGGCAAAUAUGUAUCGUCCUCAAUAUUUAUCUGGGCGAUUAUCGUUUUCCUGCACUGCGUGGCGACAAGUUACGGAGGGCUCAUCCCCAUUCGUUUCCUCCUCGGUGUUUUCGAGUCGGCCUUGGUACCAGCCAUGGAAAUGACCAUGUCCAUGUUCUUCACGCCGUCUGAGCUCCAGGAAAUCCAGCCAAUCUACUGGAUCUCAUGUGUUGGAUCCAGCAUUCCAUCCGGUCUCAUUGGAUAUGGCUUGCUCUGGUCCAAGUCCAGCGUUAGUCCAUGGAAAUUCUUCAUGAUCAUCACCGGCGGUGUAACCUUGUUUCUCUCUCUGCUGUCUUGGUUUGUAUAUCCAGACAACCCAGCAAAAGCAAACUUUUUGACGAUUAAGGAGAGAGUCCAAGUCAUCCAACGCGUCCAUGCAGCAACAAAAAGUUCAAUCGAGCAAAAGACGUUCAAAAAAUCGCAAUUCUACGAAACUUUGCGCGAUCCCAUCACCUGGCUUUUCGGCUUGGCCUCGUUCUGUCUCCAACUGGCGAAUAAUCUUGCUUUUCAAAUGAGCUUAUUAUACCUUGAUCUUGGUGUGGGUGAGCUUGGAUCUACUCUUGUCACAGUGGCCUCCGGUGGCUUUUCAGUCUUGAUUGCUAUAAUAGCAUCUGUGCUACUUCGAUUCUACCCGGGCUACAGUGCCUGGUGGGCAACGUUUUGGGUCUUACCUGCAAUUGCAGGGAGCAUAGGCAUGAUCGUAUUAUCCUGGGAUAAGACAAUUGCGCUUCUGGCUUGCCUUCUUCUCGGCUCAACCACAUGGGGAAUGACAUAUAUCAUUGCACUCACAUGGGCAUACUCUAGCUCCGCCGGCUAUACUAAGAAGCUAACACGCAAUGCAAUGUUCAUGAUGUUCUACGGCAUCUCGAAUAUUAUCUCGCCGCAGUUAUGGAAGUCCGGAGGCCCCAGAUACUAUAACACGUGGAUAGCUCAAACCGUGGUCAGCUUUGUUUUGACACCUGCUUUUCUUCUGAUUAUUAGAUUCAUCCUAGUCAGGCGGAAUAGGGGACGAAAGGCCUGGGUUGAUGAGCAACUCGCGUCUGGAAAUACUGGAGAGGGGUUCAUUGAGCAGAUUGAUGAGAACGGGCAGGUGGUCAAAGUCAAGGUUGAUAUAUCCCUUCUUGACUUGACUGACUUGGAAAAUAAAUUCUUCAUAUAUCCUCUCUAG